UAAUUUUAAUUCCAUUGCUUUUUCAGAAUUCUCAGUCAUAACCCUCUGACAACUGUUGAAGAUUCAUAUCUUUUUAAAUUGCCAGCAUUAAAAUAUUUAGACAUGGGAACAACACAGGUGUCACUUUCAACAAUUGAGAGCAUUCUCAUGAUGACCCUUGAAUUGGAAAAACUGAUAUUACCUAGCCGUAUGUCCUGUUGUCUCUGCCAACUCAAAAAUAAUAUUGAGGUUGUUUGCAAGACAGUCAAGCUGCAUUGUGACGGUGAAUGUUUGACAAAUGCCACACGUUGUGAUGAAAAAGCAUCUAUAAUGAAUGUAGAAGGAUCAUUCAUGAAGGUAUUAAAAGCCCGGAAGAAGAGUACCAGUACUGAGCUGACAAUUGAGCCAGAGAAGGCAUCCUCAGACAAAAAUGGCAUCGGUCUGUCAGCCUUUAUGAAUGAGCAGUUAGACUUUAAUGAUGAAAGUGAUGUUAUCAGUGCGCUGAAUUACAUAUUACCUUAUUUCUCAGAGGGAAAUGUAGAAGAUGUAGAAUCAACAUUACUACCAUUCAUUAAAACUCUGUUUUCAAAUGUUCAGGAUGGAGACAAGCCUGUGGGUUACUUGAAAAACAACACAAAGAGCCCUUCUCUUGAACCUGGACCCAACAAUUCAACUUACAAAAAUAAACUGAGGAAACUCUCUUUCCUGGAAAAUUUGUUAGAUGCAGAAAUUCAAGAAAAAAUUGAUGAGGUAAAAAAGAAAGAAAAAACUGCCAUGCUUAUACCUCCCGGGAUUUUAGGUCCCAAAUUUAAGAAAUUGGAAACUGCCCAAGGACAGGAAAAGACCCUUCCCAAGGCUAAGAAUUUACGGAAGAGGUGGUUUAGAAAAAACAGUGUUCUCAAGGGCCCCAAGGACCUACAGAAAAGGCACUACAAGGAAGUGGACGUUCAGAGCACCCAAGGGAAACAGAGUGCCCAGUCAUUUGUGAAGAACAUGGCCAAAGAAAGAAGGCUCAGUGGACCAUCCCCAAGGGAGCUGGAGGAGCUUCACAUGGCCCAGAGGCCCAGGAAAUUAGUGGGAAACUCCGUCCACACAGAGUCUUCAUUCAUAAAGGAGCACAAGGCAGCAGCCUCUUCUUUCCCGAAGCAAAACAUAAUGGGCAAGCCUUCUGCCUCCACUGCUCCAAAAUCCCUACCUAAGGUGAAAAACAAAUCAGAAGACUCAACCUACCCCAUUGUUGUUUUAGAAGAUGCGAAUGCUAGAGUUAGGGAAAUGGAGGCUUCCAGACCAGUCUCGCAUUCUGGAAAAAAGUAUAUUUUCCAUAAAAUUCGCUCACGUAUAGUCCAAAGAACACCCAAGACCAAAAAAAGUAAAAAGUUCAGAAAGAAAAACUCACUCUCGAAUAGAUUGAUGCCUGCACAGAGGCCUCCAUUGCCUGCCGUCAGGAGCCUCAUCGAUUCCCCUUCACAGGAGGCUAUUUCAUCUUCAGAAAAACGAAUUCAGGAAAAUCCUUUUCCAGAAUUAUUUACUCUUUCAGAACCUUCUAAAGAAAACACUACUGUAGAAAACACUACUGCACAGAAUGCUUCUGAAGAAAUUAUUUCUCCAGGAAGCACUACUGUAUCAGAACAAACUCCCCCUGAAUUCACAAACCGUAGGAAUCUUUCCAAUACAUAUUCUACUACCACCAGAGACAACUUUGUGCCGACUGUUAAACAAACCAAUGAAACACAAUGGGAAUACCACAACUUGGUCACUGACUUGCCCCCAAAGCCCACAGGCUUCAGUGUUGCAAAGCUCUCAUCCGCAGGUGAUCUAUUUGAAAUUCAGCUAAACCAGCAGCUACGGUCCCUCAUCCCGAAUAAUGACGUGAGAAGGCUCAUUUCUCAUGUUAUCCGGACUUUGAAAAUGGACUGCUCUGAGACCAAUGUGCAACUGGCCUGUGCCAAGCUUAUCUCCAGAACAGGCCUCCUGAUGAAGCUUCUCAGCGAGCAGCAGGAAGUAAAGGUGUCCAAGGCAGAGUGGGAUACAGACCAAUGGAAGACUGAGAACUAUAUCAAUGAGAGCACAGAAGCCCAGAGUGAACAGAAAGAGCAGAAGUCAAGUGAGCCAACAAAAGAAGUUCCAGGUUAUGGCUAUAACAACAAACUCAUCUUGGCAAUAUCUGUGACUGUAGUAGUAAUGAUUUUGAUUAUAGUUUUCUGUCUCAUUGAGAUUUAUUCUCAUAGAGCAGCACCAGUGGAAGAUGAAGAAGGAGGCUCAAGGCUCUUCCUUAAGUCUCUGCUGCAUAAGAGAUGUUCAAUCCAACGGGAGAAUCAGGGCUUUUUCUGGAGAAGGCGGCCACUUUGGCUUCGGGACAUGUACAGACCUCUCAAUGCCACACGGAAGAAAAACAUGGCACAGAAGCUACACGACAGGGAUUCUUCUGAUGAGGAUGAGAUUUUCAACAAGGAACCAGGAGAGAAAGGUGGUGCCCCAGUAGAGAAGCCUCGGGCUGCAGAUUCAGCUGCUGAAGACCUGGGUGAGGAGAGCGACAGUGAACUCCGCACCGUCAUCGUCCUCAAGUGACUUUGUCCUGCCUCAGGCUGUCUAUAAAGUUUAUUUUUAUUAAAAAAUUUUUUAUU